GUGCACAUCCCGCGAUACCAUCUGAAAUAAAAUGGCGACUGGAGUGCCAUUUAGGGUAUUAUCCCACUCUAAAAAAGUAUGUAGUCUUUAUAAACGAUCGUUAAGAAAUUUGGAAGCAUGGUGUUGUGAUAGACGUUUGUUUAGAUAUAGAGCUAUUUUACACAGACAGCGUUUUGAGGAGCAUCGAGAUGAAAAAGAUAUGAGAAGAGCAGCACAGCUCCUGGCAGCUGGUGAGCAAGAACUGUUUGAAAAGCAGCAUUACCAACCUUUGAGAUUUCCCAAGUCUCCUGGUGGCACCGCCUACCAGCGGGAGGUCAUCCCACCCGACUGGGUCCUGGACUACUGGCAUCCGCUGGAGAAGGCGCAAUAUCCAGAGUACUUUGCUCGCCGCGAGGAGCGGAAGAAGCAAUUUGUCGAAAUGUGGGAGAAACAGUACGGCAAGCCAAAGCCGGAUGCUUACGACCAUUAGCGGAAUUGUUGACGAUAUAGUUGUGUACAGAGUAGGGUACGUGUUGUAAAAUAACUUAAAUGUAUUUAAAUAAAACUAUGAGAGAAA